CUUUUAUUGUCCCUUUUUCAACUUACGAUGGGUGGGAGCAUCAAAGCAUGGCAAGAUAGCACAAAUAUCAAUUGCUAGCCCGCUUAUUCGAACAUAUUGGCACAAUGAACACUGGAAACGAGCGUUCGAGCUCUACCCCAGCGGUAGAUCCAGCGCAUGUAGACCUGGAGGCACUAUCACCGGCUUCUUCCUCCGACGGCAAUCGCGACUUGGGCUUAGCCAAGUCUACCAGCACGGCGCGGCAAUCUUCCGAGUCCGCGCGAAGACGUCCGAGAAGAUCCAGCACCCUCAAGACCUAUCGUCCACAGCGCUCCAACUGGCAGCCUGGUCAAGAACCAGGCUUAGAUGUUACACUCCCUCAUGGGGGUCAAGAGCCCUCCCAUAUCCCUCAACUUCACCAAGAAUGCGAUAUAACAGUCGUCGACUUUUCUCAGGAGAAUAUGCGCAUGCGCCGGUUGAACAAUGCGACGCUGGAGCCGUUUCUGAAUCACCCGCGUCCUGACUGGACGGAGUGUCGUUGGAUUAAUGUUAAUGGAUUGAGCUGGGACGUGAUCAAAUGUAUUGGAAACAAGAAGAAGUUGCAUCGCCUCGCCAUUGAAGAUUUAAUGAACACAAAGAACCGAACUAAGGCCGAUUGGUACUCUGACCACGUAUACAUCGUUUUGACACUGCAAAAACUGGUUCACCUCGAAGACUGCUCGGAUUGUGACUCAGACUGCGAUGCAGACUGCCCUGGAUCAAUAGAAGACUAUGCAGGCUCUCCAUCUCAUUGGCAGAAGCCAAAAAAGAAGAGACGAUCGCUAUUCUCGCGCCUUCGGAAAACGCUCUCGCCCGUUGCUGAGGAUGCCGGCAACACUCAUUCUCCUGCAGACAUGUUCGACCCUUCCAACGAGGUUGACGGCGCACAUACGGCCAAAUAUCACACUUCUUCAUUUUCCGCCUCUGCCACUGCGCCAUGGAAGCCUCACACGCUACAAAGCUACCACAGCGGCCCGAACAAAGCGCACACUGAAUUCAUGGAGCGCCAUUCUGCCCUUCGCCCAAAGGACAUGAGCGUUAGCGUCGAGCAAGUCUCUAUCUUCCUGACGGCAGACAACACUGUCAUUUCAUUCUUUCAAGGAUCAGCAGAGGACAUUGAAAACCCGAUUCUCUCUCGUCUUCAUUCUUCAGAAACGAUCCUACGCCGGUCGUGCGACGCAGGCAUGAUGCUGCAGGCUAUCAUUGAUGCCAUUAUCGACCUCGCUAUUCCUGUCACGCUAGCAUAUCAAGACGCUAUCGGCGAGUUGGAGCUUGAUGUGCUCACACAGCCCAGCAUCAAGCACACUACGUCGCUCUAUGUGCUUACGUCGGAGAUAUCGCUCCUCCGCACAUCAUUACAGCCUAUUACCAGCGUGAUCAACGCGCUGAGGGACCAUAAGAGCGAACUUGUUCCUGCCACGCCCGGGGGAUUCACUCUGCUCAAUGUGCCCAGUGGCGAAAGAAAGCAGCCUGGAGGUACGGCGGGCGCAAAGGGAGCUGAUCGGAAGGGAGGCGAAGGCGCACCAACAGACCCGGACAAAAGCCGGGACGCUCACGACGGCAAAAGUGGAGGUGAUUAUUUCCGCCAACCACCCAAAUUGCCCUCUGUUCCAUCGAGUAUAUCGAUUUCGCCUAUGACGCAUACGUAUCUUGGCGACGUUGAGGAUCACUGUAUCUUGAUGAUGCAGAGCCUAGACCAAAUGAUGCGAAAAGCAGAUAACAUGAUUGAUUUAAUUUUUAAUACUAUUAGCGCUCUGCAAAACGAGAGCAUGAAACAACUUACCCUUGUCACAAUACUUUUCUUACCAUUGACAUUUUUGACUGGAUACUUUGGAAUGAACUUUAAUAGAUUCACCGGAGUGCAGCAUCAUAGCGAUGUUUAUUUCUGGGAAAUCGCCAUUCCCAUCACCUUUGUCACAUCCAUCUAUCUCAUGCGCGGCGUCAUUGAGCGCUACAUCAUACGCAAAAUCCAACGGCGCGGCAUUUCUCGCUCUCGUAGAAAACGAACUCAGCCACUGCACACUUCGCGCCAGACUUCUCGGAAGAACUUGGAUCCUCCCCGACAACAUUCGCAUCUCGGCCCGCACGUGCCGCAUCUGUCCAGCCCCAGCCCGCGCAAUGGGCUUUCGGGUUCGAGUGCGCCGGGACACGGUGCUGGCAGGUGGUAGAUUCGAAAUCGUGAAUAUGUGUUUGCAAGGUUUAUAGUUUUUUUGUUUGUUUGUUUUUGGGGGCCGGGG